GGCUCUGCCAUCUCCUGCUUCAAGUGCUUGUGCUAUGCUAUGUGCUACGAUCGGGUCGAAGUCUACAUAAACGGAGAAAGGACGGCGAUGAAAAAUGGCAACUAACAAUUACUUCGGAUUCACACACGCCGCUUCAGCGUACGGUGCGCAGCCCACAGCAGCAGCAUACCCAGCAGGCACUGCGGCAGUGGCUUAUGCCACGGCUCCGCAGGCAGCCUACUCUGCAACGGCUGCUGUGGCAGCACGGCCAGCAUAUGAAGCCUAUCAGGCGGCCCCUGGACCUGCUGGUGGCACAUUCUACACAACUGCACCCAGACAGGACACAGCGCCGCUGACGACGCAGGCGUAUCGCGACACGUAUGCGUACACCUCACAAGCGUCGGCUGCCGUCUAUGGCGCACCCACUGCGUAUGUGCAACCCGUGGCAGCUGCUCCUGCGGUUGUCACAUACUCGUCCGCAGACACCGCCUACCAGCAAAGAGCGAGAGUUGCUCCUGCUGUGAUGUCUCAGACUGAUACGUACGUCUAUCCAUCUACGACAACAUUCGUGGCCAGCACUACGCUGCCUCCAACAACUACCUAUUCUGGAUACGACGCUGCAGUCUACAGUGCGGCGACCUCUCUAAUUCAGCAGCAGCAUGUGGUGAAGAAGACGGGUGUGAACACCACCUGGCAGUACAAGAAAAACUUCCAGAACAACAAGAGCAAGACGGGUGGAAAGUCGGGUCCACCAAAGUCCAUGCAAUUGCAUUAUUGCGAUGUGUGCAAAAUUAGUUGCGCUGGGCCACAGACGUACAAGGAACAUUUAGAAGGGCAGAAGCACAAGAAGAAAGAGGCAGCUUUGAAAGCGGGCAGUGCAACAUCUGCAACUCGUGGUCAGAAAUCGCUUCGUUGUGAGCUGUGUGAUGUCACCUGCACUGGCCAGGAUGCGUACAAUGCUCACAUCCGGGGCUCCAAACAUCAGAAGGUUGUCAAACUCCACACGCGGCUCGGAAAGCCUAUACCCAGUGCAGAGCCGGUGAUGGUAAAAACUUCCAGAUCAACAACAACGCUUCCAAGCUCUUUGUCACCAAAGAACAGCACUGUCGUCGCGUCGGUCGCAAACAAAGUCACCGCCGUUCCAAAAAUCACAUUCGUCGGUGGUGCGAAGCUCAGCACUACUGUAGCCAAGGCAGCAGAGGUGAAGACAAAUUCAGUGGUGCCUGUGGUGCCUGCUGUCAAGGCAGACAAGGUUGCUGCGGAGCCUGCCACGCUAGACAAGGAGGCAGAUGUCAUUCCAGUCGGAGAGGAGUACAUAGAGGAGGUUAAAAAUGAUGAAGGAAAAAUCAUCAGUUUCACGUGUAAACUAUGUGAAUGUCGGUUCAAUGACCCUAAUGCCAAAGAGAUGCACAUGAAAGGGCGCAGACACAGGCUUCAGUACAAGAAAAAGGUGAAUCCAGAUCUGGUGGUAGAGAUUAAGCCAAGCUUAUGGCAGAGGCGGCAACAAGAGAAACUCCAGAGGCAGCUACAGAAGGAGGAAUUCUGGCGACGUAGAGAUGCACAGAUGAGAUUUGAAGAGCGGCGCAGGUUUGAGGAGAUGGAGAACCGCCUGUGGUUCCGACAGCCCGAUGCUCCCGGUGGCCUGCCGCGUCCCGCAUUCAUACAUCCCGCCCCGCCACGGCGUCCGCAGAGCUACGACGACCGCCACGUGAUGGCCAAGCACUCGAUGAUCUACCCGAACGAGCAGGAGCUGCAGGCCGUGCAGUCCAUCGUGUCGGCAAGCGAGAAAGCUCUCAAGCUCGUGUCGGACAUCAUCACCGAAACCGAGGGUCCAAAGCUGGAUGAUGACAAAGAGGUUAAAAAAGACGAUGAUGUAAAAGCAGACAAAACCAAUAACGAGCAGCGUCAAGGUGCGGAGAAGAAGGAACGGGCGCUAAAGGGAGUCAUGAGAGUGGGCAUUCUCGCCAAGGGACUGCUGCUGCAUGGUAGUCUGCGUGUCGAGCUAGUACUGCUGUGUAGGGACAAGCCCACGCGCAACCUUCUCGAUCGCAUCGUUGAAAUCCUGCCAAAGCAGCUUGCUGCCGUCACGGAGGAGAAGUACGAGGUGAAGCGUUGCCUCGCCGACGCUGGCUUCACGAUCGUGUCGACGACCGACGGUCUGGAGGCGUGCGUCGUCGUCACGCUCACGUCACAGGUGAUGCGGGACAGCAGCGAGAGCACGGCCGUCGUCGCGGGUGCCGGAGGCGGUGAGCCAGUGAAACAAGAGCAUCAGGACGUGCUGGACAGGCAGAAAUGCCUUGAAGCUCUCGCCUCGCUGCGCCACGCUAAGUGGUUCCAGGCUAGGGCGAGCGGACUGCAGUCGUGCGUCAUCGUCAUUCGCAUCAUGUACGACCUGUGCCAGCGUGUGCCUGCCUGGUCGCGGCUAAGAACCUGGGCAAUGGAGUUGCUGUGUGAGAAAUGCGUGGCUAGCGGCGGACCGAACCAGAGUCCCGGCGACGCCCUGCGCCGCAUCUUCGAAGCGAUCGCCUCUGGGAUUCUGCUGCCUGGCGGUCCGGGCCUUGUCGAUCCGUGUGAGAAGGACCCCGUCGAUGCAGCAGGCUCGUUGACGAACCAAGAGCGGGAGGAGAUCACUACGAGCGCGCAGCACGCUCUCCGGCUGAUGGCGUUCCGACAGAUCUCGAAACUGUUGGGCAUGGAUCCCCUGCCCACCCCGCGCUUCCCAAACAAGAGCGCCAACCCGCGCAAGCGACGGCGGGACGGCAGCGAAUCGACGCCGGGAGACAUGGGAGAUGGCAAAAAGGACAAGAAGGAUGGUGGAACUGAAGCCAUGGACACGAAGGGUUGAGUGACGGAGCGAGAAGAGGAGCGCCAGGGUAACAGAUCUAGCUUCAGUUGCUACAUGCCCUCCCUUUAUUCUACUUAAAAAUUAAUGUCACUGUUACUAAUUGUUAUCUGGAUGUUAGGCAUUUCCAUGAUGACGGAUUAUAUAGACGUCAUUAAACGAAAUAUCAAAGCAAUCAUCAAAUAACAUGGUUUAUGAAGUUAACCGUUUAUUUGUAAAUUAAUAAACACCGAUUUGACGCUUUUCGUUAUCGGGAACAACUGGUUGUGGGUGGCAUACAGGAAGUAGAGCCACUCGACAUUCCGAUUAUAUUGUACUCUUGAAACCUGGUUCUGGUAGAGAUGUGGCAUGGCACAGUCAAAUCUUACGAUGAAUGUGCGCAUGUGAGAGAUGUUUGCUUCUAGCAUAAUCACAUAUUUACACGUACCCAUCAAUAUAAGGAACUUUACUGUCCUUAAAGAACUUUACAAUUUUACCUUUUUUUGAUAGUCGCAUGGUUUAUUCUAUUUUACUUCAAUCACAAUAUGUGCUUUUUUCUGUGGAUUGAAGAAGCCAACAACAGGGAGGCCGUUAUUUAAACGUGCAUGUAGUUAUUUUGACGCGUGAUAUGUGAGUGGUAAUGAGUCUCGGAUGUGUGUGAGCGAUAACUACAUAUCAGUUGUAUGUAUUUAUGUGGUUUUCCUUCAUGAUAGUGUGUCAAGAAACCCGUGUAAGAUAUUAAAGGCAUUAUUAGCAAUGAAAUAUAUAUAAAGCUGGCUGUUACGAAGUAAAGCCGUUGAGUGUGUUGAAUGUGAUUACUCCCUGGAUAGGAUGGGGAGUGAGGGCGUGGGGGAAGGGUUAGGGUUCCUGUCCUAUCCCUUGUUACCGUCCCCAAGUGGUUUGCAUGGAUUUACUCUGUAGAAUGUGAUACAGUUGAGCUGUUCACGACAUUCGGUAGCAAAUUUGUGUGCCAAUAGUUCACGGUAACGGACAGAUGAGAGAUAUGAAGGCUAUCGCUGUCAUAUGUGAAGCGGAGAGCUGCAGUGUCGUGUGUCACGUGCAGAACGUGCUACGACCCCGUUUUCAAUUACCUGUUCCGUGUAAAAUGAAAUGAUACAAAGUGUUGGAGUGCUGCACGACAAAACUGCUAGUCACUGCACCGAAUGUUUACCUAGAGAACACCCCGCUGUGGAAUCGCCUAGUUUUGCACACUCGGCCCAAUCUCAUUAACUUAUUGUUUGCCUAUUUGGCAUGUUGGAAUAAAUGCAAAUCGAUGGACAAUUGGAGUUUUUUCGACUGUCGCUCUUUGAGGUAGGGCGCUGAUAUGAUGGUACAUGGAUAAUGAAAUGACGGUGAGCAUGUUAGCUGUAUCUGGCACUGCACUAAUGUCACACUGCUGCUGCUGCUGCUAGGCAAUGCCCAAUAUAAACUGCUGCCCUAGGGAUCCGUUGUCAGAAUUGUAAGUAGUUAUGACAUGAUUGUCUAUACCGCCGCGCAACGGAGGUCAUGUAAUCGGUCUCGUGUGUGUGUGUAGCCACCGCGCGAUCGAUAGCGCGUCGAGUCAGU